UAUUUAUGUACUAUUUUCUCUUAAGUCGCCUGUAGCAUUCAGCAUCAAGUGAUAAACAUGGAAGAAGAUAAACCCACUCAAAUUGGAAUGAUGUCCAAACGACAAAGCGUGAUCAGAAGAGUUCCACAAUUAGAUGCUUAUACUGGCGAAGCAAUACCAGAAUGGAAGCAACAAAUUUACAUGAAGAAAAUUGAAAAACAAAUUGAAGCAGAAGAACGCUUGCGUAAAACGGAUGAAUUGCGACGAGAAAGGGAAAAAGCAAGACUUUCUGGACCAACUUGGCAGCAAGAACUUGUUCUCAAGAAUCGUAUAAAAGAACUGAGUUCCGAUGAUCCUUUAAUUAUACGCAAGCGAAAUAUCAAAGCGAUCCAGACUGAAAUUGAUCAAGACCAUUCACCACCAUGGCAGAAAGAAUUGCUACAGAAAAGAAUCAACAGAUUGCAGUCGGAGAUCGAAAACAUAGAGAAAGAACGUAGGACGCAACACGAGAAAAGAAAAGCAUCGAUGGCUGGCCCUGUGAAUAAUUAUUUCUACGAAAAGAAUGAUAUCGAACCGUUUGACUAACCAUGUCAUUUAUCGUGUGUGUAUGUGUUUUUUGGUUUGUUUUUUAUUUUACGUAUUUUAUCUUCAAUGUUACAGUAUUUGUGAGUAGUUGUAAGCGUUUUCUUGCUGAAACUGAGAUUGAAGUGUCGAUUUACGUAUCAAAAAUGUUAAUCUCCCUGUUACAAGGAUAAACAGGUCAAAUAAUUUUUGAUUAAUUUGUGUUCUUGAUGUUUGUUUGUUUUUGUUUAUUCGUUUUUUUUCUUCCUGUUCAAUUUUAUCUUGUUUACUUAGGAUCAUUUCAUUUGCGUUAGAACUAAAACAGUUCUUCAAAUUAUAUUUUCUUAAUACAUUGUAUUUUGGGCAAUUUACCCAACAUGACGUGUGUGUUACUAUUAUCAAGUAUAUCGAGUAUGUUAAAGUAUACAUCAAUAUAUGUACAAGUAAACUGAAUUUUGUAGCUUUUCAGUUAUUUUCAUGUUUUCAUUUGAUUCGCUGUUAUGCGACUACUCGCCUGACGUCGUCAUGUCGGUUUUUUGCUACACGAAAAUAAGCAAUAGCUCAAAUAUAUCUCCUCAAAAAUCUA